CCAGCGGCGUGUCCCAUGGCUGGCACUGCCCGGUGCUGUGGCUGCUCCUGCCCCCCUGCGCUGACCCUUUGGGCUUUUCCCUCUCAGCCCGGGGUGUACCGCCAACAACUCCUUAAUUCCCUAGGUUCUGAGUUAAGCUCAGACCUUCCAGAAGACAGCUACUCUUCAGGAGGUGAAGCUCUGGAUGGUGAUGAUGAAGAUGAAGCAGCAGGCCCUGGCAGCGUGGCUGAAGAGGCAACAAGCUCCAAAGAUGGUCCAAGUUCAGGAUGGGCAGAUGCCAUGGCAAAAGUGCUCAACAAAAAGAUUCCACAGAAUAAGUCCACCAUCUUGGCCAAGAAUAAAAGCCUGGAGAAAGAGAGAGAGAGAAAAAAACAAGAAAGGCAAGAAAAGAAGAUGAGGCUCGAUAAAAAGCGGGAAUGGGAAAUGAUGUGCCGAGUGAAGCCAGAUGUUGUCAAAGACCGAGAGAAGGAAAGAAAUCUUCAGAGAAUUGCCACAAGAGGUGUUGUACAAUUAUUCAAUGCUGUCAGGAUGCACCAGAAGAAAAUGGAAGAGAAGGUGAAGAAGGUUGGGAGCUCUGAGAGGAAGCGUGCUAAACUGAUGUCUUCUGUUUCAAAGAGAGAUUUCAUCGAUGUUCUAAGAAACAUGGACGGGGCUAAAGGAGGCAAGAAUCCAGUUGGAAAGGCCACAAAAAGUAAACAGGGUGAAGUGAAAUCCGAAGAGGGGCCAGAAUGGAAUAUCCUCCGUGAUGACUUCAUGAUGGGAGCAUCUAUGAAGGACUGGGACAAGGAAAGUGAUGGAGAAGGCAACAGUGAAGAAGGAGGUGCUCUGAAACAAGAAGAUGACAGUGACUGAAUGAAACUGAAAACCAUUCAAGACAAUUUUUUUAUCUUCUUAAGUCUGUUUGGAUAAAAAGCCAGCAUUCUAUGAAUGUACAACACUUGGAGGAUGCCUCUUUUAAAAGGAAAAAAAAAAGACUUACACAACCUUGGAGUGUUUUCUCCUCCAUGUCAAACUUUUAUUUAAUAUA